AUGCUGCUGCAGUCGCUGAACGCGGUCGCGCAGGCGCAGGCGGGCGCGACCGUCGGAAACGGGAGCACGAUGAGCGUGAACGGCGGCGGGGACGCGGGCUCGAGCGCGCUGCAGGCGCUCGCGGUGCAGCUCGCGCAGGCGGCGACGGCGCUGGACGUGCAGACCGAGGCGCUGAUCCACGCGGGCGCGCGCUCGGCGCAGCUCGUGCACCUGCGGGACGCGCACCGCGCGAGUGCGCUCGCGGUUGCGCUGCGGAAGCUGAACGGGAGCUAUGAGCGGCGCGGGCGUGAGCUGGCGGGCGUGCGGGCGCGGGUGGAGCAGCUGGAGGCGGAGGUGGAGGAGGCGUGGCGGGUUGCGGAGGACGUGGCGAAGGCUGUAGAUAGGGAGGCGAAGGAGAAGGCGGAGGCGGAGGCGGAGACGAGGGAGCGGGUGGAGGUGGGGGUGCAAGUCGAGCCCGAUGUGGAGUCUGAUUCGGGCGAGGAGAAAGAGGAGAUGAGAAGAGAAGGGGAGAGAAUGAUGGUGGAUGUGGAAGUACAGGUGGGUGUAGAGGAGUGUGGACACAAUGCGGGCGAUGUGAACUCGGCCGAAAUCGCUAGGAACGCCCAAAACCAAAAAGAGGAAGACCACGAAGAAGAGAACGCACCCACAGUGUCGACCAUUCCCUCACUCGACAAUGUCGGCGCCGAUGAGGCGCCGUGUGCCCUCUCGGACUCGGUUGCAGAUCCCAUCGCUACCCCAACCGCCACUUCCUAUACCGACUCGAUCACGCGUGGAGACCGUGGAGGCGCAGACGAAGACGAGGACGAGGACAAGAACGAGGACGAAAACGACAAUGAGGACGACAACUGGGAGGAGACGACCACGAUCGACGGCGCAAGCACAGUCAUCUCGGACAUGACGAGCAUUCGCAACGUCGAAGUGAUCGGCGUCACCGGCACCGCCGUCGUCUCCAAGGCACGACUCACCAUGGUCGGGCCCAACCGCGACGAGGACAGGGACGAGGUAGCGCAGGAGCGCAUCGCUCGAGCGGCGCAGCGACGCUCGACCGCGAGCCAGGUGAGCCGCGUGAGCGCCGCGCGGAAACGCAGCAUGCGCGCGUCCAAGGCGAGCCUGCGCCUGCCGUCCUCGUCCACGACGAGCUCAGCCAUGACCGCGGGCACGGCAACCACCUCGGGCUCCGUCGCAACCGUCGCCGCGAACUCGAAGACGAGCGUGCGUGCGAUCCGGGGUCGCAGUCGGAGUCGCGGGCGCAGUGCGUCGCCGAAUCGGAGCGGGCGGGUAUCGGUGCCGCCGUUGCCUGUGAUGAUAGGGGCGGGCACGAGCACUAGGGGGGCGGGCGUGCAGCGGCGGAGUUUGGCGGUUGCGGGGAUGGAUCUGGCGGUGUCGCAGGCGCGGCGGGGGGCGGACGCAGAGGAGGACGAGGAUGAUGGGACGAUGUCGUUUUUGGAGAUGGAGAGGCAGGAGAGCGGAGAAGAGCAGGAGGCGGAACAGGGGCGAGAGCGAACGCAGAAACGGGAGUCGGGGCGUGGAGCUCCUCGGGAAACAAAUGUCGAGGCUGAAACGAGGUCGGAUCGAGCCUCGCGCCCUUCAUUCGAGAAGGUCCAUCCAUACUCGGCCAGCUUCGCAUAUACCCCCGCCUCCAUCCCUAACGCUCGCCCACGCCCGACCUCACCGACCUCUCCCCGCCUCCUCGCCUCCUAUACUCCCAAUUCUGCUCCCGCCACCUCUUCUACCUCACGCCAACGUCCGUCCCCACCAGCGACAUCGACCUACUCUCGUCCGCGCUCUCCGCGCUCUACUCCCGCCUUCGCGCUUUCCUUCUCGACGCCUGCGCUCCACAGCCUCGCGUCCCCUCUCGCGUCUGCGCGCGCGCAGGCACAAGCGCUACGGAAGGGAAAGGGAAAGGCGGGCUCGGACUCGUUCGUCCCGCUGCAGACGCCGCCAGGGCCCUGGACCUUGAGCGAGGCGCACAGCCGGAGCGGGGGUGGGCGCGUGAGUGGCGACGCGAGCCGGAGCGCGAGUGCGCUGGAGUUCGGGGAGCUCAGGGGGAGCGGGAGCAUGAGCCCCAGUCUGAGCGCGAGCGCGAGUGGGCAUUCGCACGGCACGGGGAGCGCGCACGCACAUGGGCACGGCAUUGGGCUGAGCAUCGGUGGGAGCUGGGGCAGGCGCGGCAAGUCGCUCGAGUUUGCAAGUUCGACGUCCUCGGCAUCAUCUACGCCCGUGUCGGCGUUCUCGCCACUUUCAACACGCGCACGCGCGGGGGCGGGCUCCAGCGUGGUUGAUUCUGAGGCGAACACGGGACAGGAUGCGAGGCCGGGAUCGAGCGCGGGGCUUGGAGGCAGUGUGGGUCGGAGCGGCGGCAAGGCGACGGCGUUGAAGCGGAGCAUGUCCGAGCUGCUCAGUAUCCGUCUUGGGCGGGGACGCCGGCGGUCGGUGCCUAUGCGGUUUGCGGAGAGGGACGGCGAUGUGUUGAGCGAAGGGGACGGUGAGGAGGAGUGAGUCUCUAUUCCGACCCAUGGAACAUUGGGUGUGAAGCUACUUUCUGGGGCGUUAUAUUGGUGGUUUGUUGCUCGCGCGUUUGAUCUUUGUAUUUUUCUGUCUGUCUCUGCGCUUGUUCGCGGACGGUCUGGGUCUCGUUGGUUGCUCUGUCAUUGUAUUCCGCUCUUGCAUGUCUCGCCUCGCGCCGCUCUCGGCGCUCUACCUACCUAUAACAGAUACACUUAACAGAUACACUUCCUUGUCCCUCACGUAUCUAUCUCUCCGGCCCUCUUGCAUCCUAGUCCUGCCUAUGUCAUCUCUGGCAUGUGACCUUGUAGCCGAUUUUCGGUCUAUGUUCUUUUUAAUCUCAGAAAUCCGCCACUACUAACGUCUACUGUACACACCGCCGUGCGGUGAACCCUGCUUGACACGAUCAUCACUGUCUUAUUUGUACUCACACUCCCUUUUCCCUUUUCUGAAUUUGCUAUGCUAUUUCUCGGAUAUUUUGCGAGCUAAUCAUCACUCAUUAUGUGUCUUCACCUCUUCAAUCUCAUAUCUAAUUUGUGCUUC